AUGGAACGAGGUCUUUUUUAUCAUAUCAACUUAUCACUUGCACGUAAUUAUCAAUUUAACAGAAUUCUUCGUUUUCUUCCAUUGAAUGAUAUUCAGUCACUUGCAAUUGAUAGUGAUGCAUCUCCACUUCAAUUAACUCGUUGGCCUUAUUUACCUCGUUUGAAAACUCUGAGUAUUAUUGGUGUAUACAAUCAUAAUGAUCUUUUGCUCUUUCUUUUGCUUCAUGCAGCCACACUCAUUCAUCUCAUUAUCAAAUCAAAUGAAAGAUUGGUUCCCGUAAGUGUCAACAAUUUUUUUUUAACAAAUCCAAAGCUUUACAAAGAAAGGAGAUUGUUGGAGCAAAUAUUGAAAAUGCUGAAGGAUUGUUCUGUUAGAUUAGUUCUUAAUGUCUUGAGUCGAAAUAAAAAGAAAACUAGUAAGAAUUAUGCGACUAUCAAUGGAUUGUGUCCAAGAUAAACUUUUUCUUAUAAAAAUAUUUCGAUCGGAAUAGAAAUAAAAUAAAUAUGUUAAAUAUAUUAUAAAAGAU